AAUCAUUCAAUGAAAGCAUUGAUUGAAUUGUUAUAUGAUUUGAAUAAUUGUUUAAUAGUUUGUAAAUAAUGUCAAAGAGUUUAUCAGUGGAUGAGAUAAACAGCGAGUUUUUACCACUCAUUUACGACAUCAUCAGAAGCUAUGAACGAGACUCACAUGAGUUGUCAGGAUUGGGGCCGAAGUCGGUGUCAAUGCGUGAACCGCAACAGUCGACCACUGAUUCAAACGCCAAGAUUCAGACACUGAGAGACAAAUUCACUCAAUUCAGACAAGAAGUGCAACUCAUCAAUGGUAUCGCUGUCACCAAAGAGGAACAGCUCAAGUCGUUGGACACUUUGAGACAACAGUUGGUUAUGAAACGCGAUUUACUCAUCAAAUACAAGAACUCGUGUCCUUUUGAUCCAAACCAUAAGAUUUGAUAAUUAUUUGUUGCGCUUAUUGUCGACAAACUAUGAAGACUAAGAUAUUAAAUAUAUUAUCAAAACGUUGUUUAAGUGUUGACUCAAAUUUGAGAUCAUUCUUGAAGCGGAGGAAGAGGUCGACAAAUAAGAUAUUUUGGUAUUUUCACGAUUCGGUUCACUUCGAAGAAUCCACUUUUCGUAACCAAAAGUUGGAUCCAAACAGUAGUUCUGAAACAAAGUCCAGAACAGAGUUAACCAACAAUUUAAUUAAAAAUCAUCACAUAUUUAGGGAGUGUUUAAAACACGAGUUUCCUCUCAAAACGAAACUAUAUAUUUUGGACGCAAUGUCUGUAAUAUAUGGAACCGAUGACAAGAAUACCAUCAAUGUGUUUGACAUUCUUCGGCCGCAAAUCACGUUUGAGUUACAAAAGCAGAAUUUUUUCCUAUUAAACCAAAUCUUGUAUUUGAGUUCAAUUAUAAACACUGAAAAUCGAGACGACUCUUCAUUUCUAAUCAAUACACUUCUUCACAAAAUUGAACACUACUUUCUCAAUGACUAUCCAACCGAUGGACAGUUGGCCUCAACUGAUAUCGCAGUUUUGUGUCACUCUUUAUUCAAAUUAAAGGCAAAGUUCAGAUCGAAUGACAUUUUAACCAUUUUUUCCGAUAUUGUUUGCGAAGACAUUAAAUGCAAGAAAUUAAACAAAACACACGUUCUCUCGAUUGUUAAAUACAUGAGAUUUAAUGAAUUUAAUGACCAGAAACUGAUCCAAUCGGUCAAACAGUACAUUGAGAGCGAAUGCACUCAUUUCUCAUUUAUAGAAUGCGCUCAUUAUUUGGCAUUUUUUGCAAACCUUUCUCUCUUUGAUGAACUCGUGUGGAGACUAAUAGUGGACGAAAGGGCCGACACUUUACUUCAUAACUAUUGUUCAGAAUCUGAAACAAAAACUGUUCGCUCCAAAGAUUUGGCCAGAUUUUUAUGGGCAGUCUCUUCAGUGAAUUACAAACUAAAUGACAAUUUGAUUGAAUGUAUUGUCAAACAAAUUGAAAAACUUAUGACAACUGAUUUUAAAACAUAUCCACAUUUUCUAAUUGAUUGCUUUAAAUCUUUAAUAUUAUUAGAAGUAUAUCCACACAAAUUGUUUACUCAAUCACUAGAUUCUAAGCAAUGGAUUAAAUGUUUUUCAAAUUCCGACAGAAAUAAAGUGUCGAAAGAUAUGUAUUUUAUUCUGGAGUCGAUUGCUAUCGAAAGACCUGAUAUUGUAUUUGAAAGAAAGACUCAAUUAUAUUGUAUGGCCAAAGAAAUCAAGCAUAACUCGAAUCAAGAGUGCAAACUCAGGCCUCAACUCACAGAAUAUAUCAAAUGGAUUAAUGUUCACAACAAUGCAAUCAAAUCAGAGCCUCAUUUAGCGUAUACUUUACAACACAUCGGAAUCGCCUCUAUUAUAGUGAAUGGCAUGUCAUUGG